UCACUUGACGUCGAACCCCAUAAACAACUUGACGACGGAUCAACAACGUCUGAUUAUUUUUUCUGGAAUAUGAAGUGUCAAAACGCUUCAUGAGGAUUCAGUUUUACGUUAUCAGUGGAACAAUUACUUUAGUGAUUGUCUCCCUUGGGACGAUGUCCCUCAUACGGAGGCUACUUCGGCAGCAUUCAAACCGGAUUGCCAGUGGCGAUGUAGAUGUUAUGAACAUGAGUUCUAUUACCUCGAGUGAAUCAGCUGGCACGGUCCCAACAAAGACAGGUCGAUCUGAUUCGGCGAAGACGAGUUCUACUACAGACGGGUCCUGUCACGACUCGUCAUCUGAUGUCACAUCAGAGAGUGUCGACUGUAGACGUAAACGGCGGAAACUGAGCUCACUUCUAAGGCGGAAGAGCAAGAAAGAGUUGAAGUUGGACCGGAAACAGCGCGAGAUUCUCCAGAUCGACGCUGAAAUAAAGGAGGUGAUGCGCAUGCUCAAACAUAUAGAUGUUAGGGAGAUCGCUCUGGACGAGGAAGUUCAGUUCAAGAAAUUAGAGCUUAUAUCCAUGUUUCCAAACGUGACAGAAGAAGCCGAGGCGGACGUCCGACGUAAGGGAACGUUAUACCACAGACGGUUCACGAACAUCAAGACUGCCACAGAUGCCAAGAGCCUGCUGACCAUGAUCAGGACAAGGAAAUACGCCUUAGAUCAACUCGAAAUUCUCACCUACCGGAAAUACGUCAACAUGCAACACGAUAUCGAGUCUAAAGACACGUCCACGGCUCCUCCCCUCAAUCCAUGUCGGCCGAACUUUGAUCACCUAUUCAGUGUGAUACGAGAGAGAAUAGCCGUCCAACAACAGCCCGGAAGUCUGUUUGCAGAUUUUGACGCAUCUGUGGAUGACGUUUUCCCGACAAUUUCCGGUUCGACUUCAUCCACCCAUAACGGAAACCGACAUCUCCGACUGGACCCGACACAUGUGGGACCGUCCGAGUCUAUAGUCUGAAUGUGGUGUUGUUGGCUAAGGUGUUUCAUUUUGUCUCCGAUCAUGAUAAUGGUACGGGAGUAGCGAGCCCUAGUUCUUGUCAUUUGAACAGUGUUUUCACCAGUGUUAGGGACUUUGUCGUUCACUCUUGCGAAUAAAAUAAUGACGUUGAUAUUUUUUUCACAAUUCCAAUACACUUAACUGAUUACAUUAUAUGGUUAGGUGUUUAUGUGUUUUGUCAUUGGAGUUUUAUAUAUAAUUUUACUUGUAAAUGCAGUAUGGUCCCCAUCCAACGCUGUUAUACAUUGUAGAUGUCGUACGAAUCAUACAUAGGAACUUGCCCCUGACAACUGACGCUUUCAGAUCUGAAGUGUUCUUUAUACCACAUCAUUAUAUCAUAUACAUCUAUAAAAAAGAAACAAUCAUGUCGGUUUCUGCAUUUUAAUAAGUUGUCUGGUAAAUAUAUAGGAAGAAAAUAAGAAUUAAGAAAAAAAAACAAUCCGCCGUGCCGUAAUAGCGACUGCCACAGCUCGCUGCCGUGACCAGGAUUCGAACCUGGGUUGUCGCGGCCACAACGCGAAGUACUAACCACUAUACUAUCACGGCUGUAUUGUCGGAUACAGUAACGACGUUCUAAUAAUAGACCGGUCUUUUCAGUCUGGGAAAACCACGUGCACGUUGUUCAGUGAUACCAGCAAAAUAUUUUGUUAGAUUAGUUGUUAUUUGGUAAGUACCACAAUACUUACAGAAUGACAAUAACGUUUUUCCUCAGAAUAUGCAUUUUGAAGUAAAUCACAAUCUAUUGACCUGAUCUUUGAUCUCAACAUUACAGAUACACUUUAUAUGUAGUGUACUUAUGUGUAUGUAGAGCGUUUAGUCUCGCAGUCCCCAGACUCUCGUCCCUCGCUCGAGACUGCCUCUCGUUUGAGUCUCGAGCGAGGACGAGAGUCUGGGGAAUGCGAGACUAGUAGAGCAUUAUGUACAUUUCAUUUCAUUUUAUUUGACCAUGCGUGGAUAUACAGAGGGAUGAAAGUAUCAUAAAGAUGUAAAUUUAUAUUUGAAUUAAAAUAUCUACUCCGGGGAACAUACGAAAUUGAUUUUUUUGAUAAAGUUACAUAACUUUUUUAAGGAAGACAGUACAUGAUUCUCGCUUUGGGUGCGAGAAGUUCCUGGUUCGAAUCCCGGACAAGCCAGCUACAAUUUUGGAUACGACUCCAAUAAACUGUACAAUAAAUGUAACUUAUGGUUACUACAGAACAAAAUAUCGUCCUUACCAACGAUAUCAACCAUGUACACCUUCAAUAAAUGUAACACUUCUUUUUCAGAAGAAUGUUAGCGGAGGUCAAUUUUUCGACAUACCUGUUAUUCCCAUUCAUUUACACACCUCGGGAUACGUGUUAUCUCGGGCCACUGUAGAACUAUUGGUAUGAAUAAGUUAUUGACACCGGUGUUUGGUGAAUUGUAAAAUUGCCAUCAAUACUUCACACCUCGUUUUCAAUAUCAUAUUGAUGUAAAUACUGUUACGCCAUGCUAUGUUUUAAUUUCUAUAAAUAUAUUUGUACUCGGGUGUAUAACACGGAGUUUAUGAACGUGUUCAAUAACUUAAUAGGUUACGACUCUAGGCAAUUGGCAUAUCAAAUUAUUGACGACUUUUAAAAAUUUUAUAUUACAUACUGGUGAAAUAUUCUAGUUAUCGCUGAUUAUCACGAGAAAAGAAACGAAACUCUGACAUUAUUUUCCUGACAAUACAUGCGAUUUCGGCUCAGACUGUUUGGUUUUUCAUUUUUAGAGAGUUAUGACGUCACAAUGUCUUUAUGUCAUGAUCUUCUGGCGGAAUUUUUAGAAUAGCCAUAUUGUAUGAUAGAGAAGACCAGUAAUGUAGUGAAAAGUAAUUCACUAUCAUAGCAGGCGAAUUUACUUGAUGAAGUUGUAAUUUAUUAUUUGAAGCAUUUAGCAGAAAAAUAUUUAAUAGAUUAUAUAAAAGAUUUUUUUUAAUUGACAAAAAUAAUCCGCCGUGCCGUAACAGCGACUGCCACAGCUCGCU